AAUAUCAGGCAUUUUUCUAUAUCAUUGAUUCAUAUAUUUCAUUGCAGUAAUUUUUCUAGCAUUCCUUUUGUAAAUUAUUUUUAUUCCUGGCGAUAUUACCAGAAUAAAAGAGGAGGCAAGGUUCAGCUGCAGUCAAUGAUAAUGCCAUUUUCAGAGUUUGAUCAUGCAGAAAAGGGUGAUGCAUUAUAUGCAAUGGAACUUGCGUUGUCUUUGGAAAAGAUGAACAAUGAGAAGCUUCUAAAUUUACACAGGUUAGCAAGCGAAAACAACGAUGCUCAGUUUGUUGACUUUCUGGAAAGCCAGUUUUUGGUCAAUCAGGUGGAAGAUAUUAAGAAGAUCUCAGAAUAUGUGGCUCAGUUAAGAAGGGUGGGCACAGGACAUGGUGUGUGGCACUUUGAUCAGAUGCUCCAAAAUGGAGGUGGAGCUGCAUGAUAGCUAUCUGCAAUGUUGCUAUUUCUUGCAAUCAACUAAGCAGAAAACAUUAUGCCCAUUCACUCAGAUACAUACUUUCAUCAAUCCCGAUUCUCUCUCUUCUCCCAUGCUUCUUUCUGAUUUGUCCAUGUUUCUUUUUAAUGUUUUUGUUGGAAAUGUUAUUAGUCUAGUUAAAAUAGUGGGGUUGAGGUUAGUUUCCGACUUGAGUGAACCUUGAAUCUGGGUGUGCAUAAUUGUGUUUAAUUAUUUGAAUA